AUGAUGCUCUAAUAUUAAACUUCGCAGAUCUCCCAUUCUGUGAUGGAAAGAUAAUUAUAACAACAAUACAGACCGAAAUAAACAGCCAAAAAAUACGAAACUGUCAACGUUUUCCGUUGGCAUCUUCUCUGCAAAAUCUUUCAACUUAAUCUUGUUACUCUUCUUUUCUGGUUCAUUAAAAGAACAACUCGAAGAUUAAUGGGUACGGGAUGGCGGCGAGCCUUUUGCACCACCGCCCCAAGAAAGAGUGACGCGGUGGCCCCGGAUCUUGACAAGCAACAAGCGGGCUACACUCUCAACUCCAACCCUAGCCCAAGAAGCUGCGUGAAGCUCGCUUUUCUCUCCGGAGGAAGUAAUACGUUGACUCCCCGUACAAGUUAUAGUCCAAGCCUGGGCUGUCGGACAACGGAUGCCGAGAAUCCUGUUCCCACCGCGGAGCAAAUCCCGACACCAAGAUCGGCAACAAAGAGCCCCAGACUAUCUUUGAAGGCCAGGUCGAACCCUUCGUCUCCUCGGUUAAAGCUUUCUCUGUUCCGCAACAGCUUCAAAUUCCGAAGUAAUUGUGGAAUUUGUUUGAACAACGUGAAAACUGGGCAAGGGACGGCAAAAUAUACGGCAGAGUGUUCGCAUGUGUUUCAUUUCCCUUGUGUCACCGAUUACGUCAGUAAACACGGCAAGCUUGUUUGCCCUGUUUGUAACUACUCCCUUUGGAAAGACGCUUCUCUUCUUACUCUUCAUGGGAAUGGAAUUGAACCUCCCUUGGAAAACGCCGUUUCCAUUGAGGAGAAGCGUGUUGUCGCCGUCGCUACUUCUCCUAUAGCAAAGCCCAUGCCAAAGCAGUCUCACAAUUACGAUGAUGACGAGCCUUUGCUUUCGCCACGGUUUGUCACCAUACCUGAAGCCAAUGAGAAUUGCAGAUGUGAAGAUGAGACUGAUGUGGCUCAGUUCAAGGGAUUCGUGGUAGACCCUAGCCCUUCCUUUGCCGUCAAAUCUCAUGAGAUUCCGGCCACGGGUCGAGAUUUUGGAAAUGUGCAGGUGAGCUUGUUAACUGAAUCUGCCGUUGUCACUGUUGGGUGUGGUUACGAGACCCGUGCAGUGGCUCUGCGAGUGAAGGCACCACCGCCUCUAGGUACAAGAGGGCGCAGGCUUUUAGAUCCGUCUCAACGUGCGCCGGUGGAUCUGGUUGUUGUAGUUGAUGUAGGUGGAACCAUGAACGGUGCAAAACUCCAGAUGGUCAAACGAGCCAUGCGGCUUGUGAUUUCCUCGCUCAGCUCUGCUGAUCGGCUCUCUAUUGUCUCUGCUUCCUCGAAGAGACUCCUCCCACUUAAGAGAAUGACAGAGAAUGGAAAACGCUCCGCUGGAGUGGUGGUGGAUGGGCUCCUUUGCUGUCAAAGUUCUAAGUUAAGCGAUGGUUUGGAAAAAGCGGCAAGAGUGCUGGAGGAUCGUAGGGAGAGAAACCCAAUUGCUAGCAUCGUACUCCUAAAGGACGGUCAGCCAAUUUCGAGUAGAGCCAACACAAAUCAAAGGUCCACAAUAACCCAUGUGGGGUUAACACGCUUUGCUCACAUAGAGAUCCCUGUUACUGAAUAUGGCUUUGGAGAGAGUGGUGGGUGCAGCCAUGCUCCUGUCGAAGAGUCUUUCGCGAAAUGCAUAGGAGGAUUUCUUAGCGUGGUGGUUCAAGAUCUAAGGAUCCAAUUUCGAGUUGUAUCAGGAUCUGGACCAUGUGAAAUCGCAGCCAUUUAUUUAUGCAAUGGACAACCCACUUUGGCGAGCUCUGGUUCUGGAUCAGUCCGGCUCGGGGACCUAUACGCAGGCGAAGAAAGAGAGCUUUUAGUGGAGCUUACGAUCCCAUCAACGGCCAGCAUGGUCCACCAAGUUCUAUCAGUUAGAGGUCUCUAUAAGGACCCUUCGACUCGGGAAGUUGUAUACGGACGUGACCAAUCACUCCGCGUUCCCCAAGCCGUAAGAUCAUCUUCUCCCAGUGUCGAACGCUUGAGGAGCCUCUUCAUAAUGACACGGGCAGUUGCCGAGUCUCGAAGGCUGGUAGAGUAUGGGGAAUGCACAAGCGCACACCACUUGUUAACGUCAGCGCAUGCAUUGCUUGGGCAAUCAAGAAUGGCGGAGGCGGCGGACUAUACCAAGGUAGUAGAGGCCGAGUUGGUGGAAGUUCAGUGGAGGAGGCAGCAGCUGAUGGAAUAUGAGAGUCAGCCCCAACAACAACACAUUCAACAGCGGAGAAGAAGCGAAAGAGACACAACGAUGAUUUUAGUGGACGAAAACGGUGAGCCGUUGACUCCCGCGUCGGCAUGGAGAGCAGCUGAGAAGUUGGCUAAGGUGGCUAUGAUGAAGAAGAGCGACUUGCACGGCUUCGAAAAUGCUAGAUUUUAAUUUAAGUUUCUUUUCUUUUUACUGUGAGAAAUGUGUACUAGUCCGAAUGCCAAGAGCAUCUUUAUCUCGCUAUCUACAUGGCUUAUCGAAUAAAAAAAUCUAUUCUAUUAAACCA